GGACGCCAUUUAGAAGCCAGCAAUCUAACUCGAACGACGUUGCUCUCUCUAUCUCGCUCUGGAAUUGCAGCGUAAAACCCUCUUUCUAGGGUUUUUGCAAUCGUCUCUGCAGUCGAAUUCUCCCGCAACUGAAUUCUCCCUUUCGAGGGUUUAAAGCAACUGUCAUUUCGACUCUUGUAACAAAAGAACUGUUUUUGAAGGAAGAUUUUUAUGGAAUUCUUCCAUUCUAGGGUUUCAGAUAAGAGAUUGGAGGAAGGUUUGGCGGAUCGGUUGAGCGUCUGAUACGUGAAAAAAAAAUAAGUCCCAGGAUAUGGGAUGUUUUGUAUCAACACCAAAAGAUGGUGGCGGAAACAGAAGAAAACCUGGAAAUGUGGGAGAGGUCGUUGUGUUUGUGCCUGGACUACGCAUCCCUAAAGCUGUGGAUUUUUCUCAGCCACUAGGUUCUCACUUGUCUAAAAAUUUAGUGGAGCGUCUUUCUGCUCUUAGAGCACGAAUAGUUGUCAUUGCUGGCCAAGAAGUAUCGGCAACUACAAAGCCCAGGAGAAAAACUGCUACACAGCAAGGAGGUUCAACAUUACAUGAUCUUCAGCAAGCGCUUGAAGAUUACUUGCCACUUUUAUUGGGAUUAGUGAAAGAUGGAAGUCAGGUAAAAGACAUGGUGCAAUUUGUGUGGGUUAAUCAGGAGGAUGAUGCAGAGGAAACAGCCAUUUCGAAUGCAUGGUAUGAGGUAUUGUCAGUUUUACACUUGAUGGCUAUGCUAUCAUUAUCACAGGCCAAUCUGUUGCUUCUACCUAAAACAUCUACAGAUGGUUGUCAGCCAAAAGUAUCAGAAGUAGAAGGCAGGCGAGCUUCUGUUGACGUUUUCCUGAAGGCAUCAGGAUAUUUGGAUUGUGCCAUCAGACAUGUUCUCCCGCAGAUACCCCUUGACUUGAGGAGAGAUCUUCCAGUAGACAUGUCAGAAGGAGUGCUGCGAGCUCUUUCUCUGCAAGCAUUAGGCCUGGGUGUUGAUAUUCAACUUGGGAUGGCAAUCGAUAGUACAAAGGCUACACUAGCAGUGAAACGGAGGCUUGCCUGUGAGAUGGUGAAGUACUGGCAUCAGGCACAAGAAAACAUUGUUCACCUUCCAUUAACAAAUGGUUGGGGGGAAAAGCAUCAGCUCUUUGUUAAGUGGAAAUAUGUUGAAGCGAAGGCUGCAGCAUACUAUUAUCAUGGGUUAAUCCUUGAUGAGGGGAAUACAGAGAAAUCUCACAGCAUGGCUGUAGCUGCCCUGCAAGCAGCAGAGGAGUUCCUAAAAGAAAGUAAAAAGGCCUCUGAAGCCUUCAACAUGGCACCUCCUACAUCAAGGAGUCCACCUCUAUGGGGAACAAUGAAAUAUCUGUCAGAGAAGAUACCAAAAGACACCUCCAGCAAGGUUCGCGUAAACCGGGAUCUAUACAGUCAUGAAAGGAUCCUCGAGACAGCACCUGCGUUGCCGGAUUUUGCUCUGGCUCUAACACCAGAUGAUUAUCAGCUUCCCCAAGUGGAUCCCUCAUGGAACAACGAGACAGCCAAUUGAGGCAUCAAUCCAACUAGACCAAACCUGAGCGGACACCCCAAGUCUGUGUUUCUUGGAUUGGAGGAACCCCCAUUUGAGUGGAGGCAGAAUCCAAUCGGAAACAGUGUAAAUCUUCUUUUGCCAUGUGUGCUGCAGAUUGAUAUCAGCAGCUAUUUUUCCUUUUCCUCCAUUUUUAUUUUUAUUUUUUCUCUAGUAAAGAUAUGGCUUGUGUGGACGCAGGGGCACCUUGUGUGAUUGUUCCUGUUGUUGUGUGGAAAUGUAGAUUAAAAGGAAUAACGUACACAUUUUCUCAACCAAUUGAUGAAUAAACCUGUUGCCCUCUUCACAAAAAAGAAGAAUACUUACUGUGAAAGUCUUCUUCUCUACCUCUUUUCUAAGGUUUCCUUUGCAACAAAGCUUCUUUAUCAUGCUUUCAUAUAAAUUAUUUAUUUUUUAUUUUAUUUUUUGCUGUUUAGAUAGAGAAGUGAAAUGUUAUGUUGGUGCGCAGUUAGGUAUUGACUGUGCUAUUACUGAUUGGAAAGUCCAAAUGUAUUUUCCUUUUUCAGCUCUUUUUUUUUUUUUACGCCCCCACCCACACCCCCACACACUCACAAGUCACACACACCCACCCACACCCCAUGGGCACUUGAUCCCCGGUCUCAAUGUUGAAAGAGAGUUUGUCUACCACUGAGCCAUGGUGCUGGACCUCAAACCUAGUCAAUACUAGUUAGAAACAAAGAUAGAGAUAAAUAGAGCUGUAAUAGUACCCCUCAACCUUUCAAUUUAGGCUGAAUUUGAAUGCAGGGAUGAGUUGAAUCGUGAGCCUCUUUAAUCAUGAGGAAACGACAUAAACUGGUGAUGUUGCUUGUAUAUCAUUCCCAACGAGUCUCAAGGCCGUCUUGAAAAGGAACAUGCAAUUUGGAGUCCAGUCCCUCCAUUUGAAUGCUAAAGACCCUGUGAGUGGGCCCUUUCUACUUUUUUAGAUUAAUAAUUACUAGAAUUCAACAAAAUUGUGCAUCCAAACACAAUAUGACAAUCUAUUUUAUUCCUAUAUUCUUUCUCAUUAGCUGCAUCAAGGUUAACUCAAAUGGCCCCAUAUGUGUUUUCUUGUGUAACACCUCCAGUGUCUAGCAUUUUUCAGAGUUACUUUUGGAAAUGUCAUCCCAGAAAAUUUGUCACGGCCGAUGCACAGGCAUGGUUUUUUGUUUUGUUUUGUUUUGUUUUUCCUACUUUUUUUUAUUGUUCCCUUUCUCAUUAUUGGAACACCCAUCAUAUCUAUUCUCAUUGUGUAAAUGACCAUAACACCUUGAAAAUUAUAUUGGGGGAAAGCUAGAACCAAGUACAAACUAAGCUAUUUUAAGAUGUCGAUCUUGUCACAGUAUUCUGGAGCUGGAUAAAUAGACAAAUAUUAAUAUGUGGUUGAACCCCCUGAAUCAAUUUGACACUUCUCCAAGAUAACAACAGUGGGGCUGUAUUUUCAAUUUUGCUCCAUCAGCCAAAGAAGGGUUU